AUGAAGAGAGACGACGAGGAGUUUGAUAUGCACAGUCGAUCGAAGACGCAGCCCUGGAAGCACGUGUCUUUGGGUACUGAUCGAUUUCAUCAGCGAUACUGGUAUUUUGCUGCAACUCCCUCAAAGAUCUUCAUCGAAACACCCGAUCCCGGCUUCUCUCCCAAGUUUGACGAAAACAACAAACGUAUUGAUAGCGAAGAAACCGUUUCUCAGCCAUCCACAGACGGCGAAAUCAAAUCAGAAGUUAAUGUUACAGGGGAAAUAAACGUACAGAGAGAGGAAAUCGUAGCUCAAGACCCAAACUUAUUAAAAGAGGAGGGUGCACCAACUAGUGGCGCAGUAGUCCCACCUCCAGCCGCCACGCAUACAACACAAAACGGCAACCAUGUACAGCCGAAUGUGAAUGCGCAUGUACCCAACUCCACCGCAUUGCAGGUCAAGGCAUCGCCCGGGAGGAACGGGCUUUGGGCUGGUGCAACGGCCAAUGAAAACAGCACUGUAACCGCAACCGCAAGUACUCCGACCGCGACCGCAAAUGUGACCGCAAACCCGGCGCCCGCAACCGCAAAGACCGAGCCGGUGAUUCCUAUGGUGGUCGACCAGCCACGCCCAGUAGCUGGGGCGGGGGUGCAGGGGGAGAACAGUGGCGGUGUGGCCAGCCCUGCCGCGCAGGCUAUACACCAGGACACUGUGCCUGUCGGUACACCGAGGGCGAGUACGGCCCUCUGUGAAGGUGCGCCUGGCCAGGCUGUGGCUGACAUGGGGGUGCCAGCGGGUGCUGUGGCUGAGGUAGGUCAAGGUGGGAACACUGGCGCGCCGGUACCUCUGAAAACGGAACCCUGGGCCGGGACCGGGGCCGAAGUCAACCAGACUUCCAAGGCGACUACCAAUGGCAGUACACUUGACCAUGGGCAGAGUACUGAAGGUAUAGUUACGGGUACACCGGCGAUCGUGGGUACGGAUGUGAAGGUGGUGAAGCCGUCUGUGACGGACCUUUCUGCGGGCAAUCAAAGUAUGUCAAUGAACAUGCACACACCUACCACGCCUCAGGUGGCGCCAGGGGCAGGACAACAACCACAGCCGCACGUACAACCGCAGGCACAGUCUGCUCAAGGAAACACAGCUACACACAUACACACACAGACACCGAUACAGCCUCAGGGGCAAGCACAGAUCAAUCCACAAACGCACACACAGUCACAGGCAAUGCCACAGACACUCCCACUGGCACAGCCGCAAGUACAGGCCGGAUUACAGCCACAGCCACAGCCACAGCUACAAGCACAGAUCAAUCCACAACAGGCAAUGCCACAAACACUCACACUGGCACAGCCGCAACUACAGUCACAAUCACAGACACAACCACAACUACAGUCACAAUCACAGACACAACCACAACCACAAUUACAAUCUCAGACACAGACACAGACACCACAACCACAACCACAAUUUCAUUCUCAGACUCAGACACCACAACCACAAUUACAAUUUCAGACUCUGACUCUGACUCAGACACCGACACCGUCGGCGGGUGUAGCACACCCUGCCAUAGCACAAGGCAAUAGUACUGUGCUGAAUGGCAGUGCUCCUGGUACCACACCUACCGUACCGAGUGGUACCACUGGGACGUCUCAGUCUCCUAACACCACCAGUGGGGGUGUGGAGAGUGUGCCUGUAGCCCUGCAGCACCCAUACCCUACACUCAAACCAGGCCAAGAGAAGUGGGCCUGCAUUGACACCAGUCGGGUCGACGAGUUGAUGAUGAGUCUGAACACAUGGGGUUUGCGGGAAUACGGCCUGUACAGCAGCCUGAAGGUGCUGCGAGAGAGACUGGAGCGGACUGUGUUCGAGACGGCGCGGAGGAAAGCAGUCGCAUCCAACGCCAAACACGACAAUGACGAUGGACACCCACCUACCAGUGUCAAUGGCAGUAAUGUGAGCGGAACAAAUGUCACAGCGGCCUGAGCGCGCGCGUUGUAUGGACACGGCCAAUUAAAAUCUGCAAAGGAUUGGGGUACUGCUGACGUGGGUGUGAGAUCGAAGUCAGGCACAAUAGCCCAGUGCAGUGAUGGCACGGGAGAUUGGGUGAAGGAGUCCCCAGGUGAAGGGAGAGGAGUGGAGUGACACAGAGGUCAAAGCUACCGAGACAUGCACAGUAUCUCCUACCACGUGCAUGAGUGGCUUUCUCACGACACGCACAUACAGGCGACAACAAUUGGGUGUGGCCGCUGGGGAGAUAUAGGUGACUGGCCUAGCACCGGGUGGUUGGUACACAGGUCAACGCUGCCCAAAUACACGCAGCAGAAUGUCAAACCUCAGGACACAUGCAACUAAAAAUAGGUGCCCCGUUGGUGAGAUUAGUGAUCUAUCUAGUGGUAUGAGCGGUACGAAGGUCAAAGUGGCCGAAGUACGCAUAGGUCACCCUUGCAGACGUGGAUGAAAACACGCUAAGUAGAUAAUAUUACAUGCAUGAGUGUCUUUAAGGUCACACGCGCACAAGCAGCCACAAACGUCGGGCGCUGAAUAAUGACUCCAGAAAUAUAUAUAUAUAUAUAUAAAGUACAGACGUACUCGGAAACAAAAAAAUAAUCUAGUAGUAAACGUUUGACAAAAUAAAAGAC